UUAUUUAUUUCACCUUUAUUUAACCAAGUAGGCUAGUUGAGAACAAGUUCUCAUUUGCAACUGCGACCUGGCCAAGAUAAAGCAUAGCAGUGUGAACAGACAACACAGAGUUACACAUGGAGUAAACAAUUAACAAGUCAAUAACACAGUAGAAAAAAAGGGGAGUCUAUAUACAAUGUGUGCAAAAGGCAUGAGGAGGUAGGCGAAUAAUUACAAUUUUGCAGAUUAGCACUGGAGUGAUAAAUGAUCAGAUGGUCAUGUACAGGUAGAGAUAUUGGUGUGCAAAAGAGCAGAAAAGUAAAUAAAUAAAAACAGUAUGGGAAUGAGGUAGGUAAAAAUGGGUGGGCUAUUUACCGAUAGACUAUGUACAGCUGCAGCGAUCGGUUAGCUGCUCUGAUAGCAGAUGUUUGAAGUUGGUGAGGGAGAUAAAAGUCUCCAACUUCAGCGAUUUUUGCAAUUUGUUCCAGUCACAGGCAGCAGAGAACUGGAACGAAAGGCGGCCAAAUGAGGUGUUGGCUUUAGGGAUGAUCAGUGAGAUACACCUGGUGGAGCGUGUGCUACGGAUGGGUGUUGCCAUCGUGACCAGUGAACUGAGAUAAGGCGGAGGUUUACCUAGCAUGGACUUGUAGAUGACCUGGAGCCAGUGGGUCCAGGUCACACCCUGGCCUAACCAAAAUAACUCACUAGCAGUCUAACUCACUAACUCAACCUGCUCCAGAGAUGCAGUCAGGAAGGCAGAGCAGUCAGAGCAGGUAGACUGAAAGGCAGACAGGCAGCCAGGCAGUAAAACAGACAGGAAGUCAAACAGGCAGCCAGGCAGUAAAACAGACAGGCAGGCAGACAGGCAGUAAACAGACAAGCAGGCAGGGCAAAGUAGUCAGGCAGACAUGCAGGGCUUUAAACAGUGCCAAGAAUUGGAAUGAUCUGGACUAUAGAUGGACAGCACACAACCAGGAGAGAAUUGCUUGGCUCAUCCAUUCACAGUAGCACCCCCCUCUCCACCCCGUUCCACCUCCAACUCUUCAUUCUAGUGUGCUCAAGACAAAGUGGUUGUGACUCAGACCCAUAACAAACACAGUUUAAGUUAGUUAGACUAGAGAGAGCUAACCACUCACUAGAGACCUCUAGUCACCCUCUAUAAAAGGUGUCAGCUGGUCUCACACAGCAUGCAGGGACGAGGGGAUCUGAGAGAGGGUGAGAUCAAAUGUCAAAAGAAUUCCACUGAGCACCCGGAAUCUGGAAUCUUCAAGUGGGGCUUCUCGGCUCUCUGUUACCAUUGAGAGUUUACAAAUCUCCACGGGAAGCUCUUACAGGAUAAGAACUCAAGCAUUCCAUAAAGUAUAGACAAAUAGAUUGGUCAUCCUAAACAAUUUAAACAGAAGACCUCAAGCAUUACAUAACUCAAACAUUGCAUUGCAACAAAGUACAGUCCCGACGGUCUAUAGAGACAGAAAGAUGGGCAAUCUUAAACAACUUGGAUCUGUUUUCAAUAACUUUGUUUUCCCUUGGUCCUCCAAGUUGUGUAAUCCUACAUGUUUAAAGGCCUCUCAUGCCAUCACACAUUAUUUGUGGUAUCUCUAGAAUGCAGCCUGUCUGUAUGUGGAAAAACCCCAGACUGAUUGAUUCUGUGGUACAGUAGGUAUUAUUUCUGGCCUUAGCUCAGCUGAGCAGCCAGGGGUGUUUUAUGCAACAAUCCGCUAGCCUACGCGAUCAGCCACAAAUAGUCUCUGCUAGGCCCUUAUACUGUACACAACCCAUAUUUACAUAGACAUUUGUAUUGCAUCGAUCUGGAGAGGCUUUAGUCCCGGUUGUUAGAUUAUUAACGAUCAUUCAUCCCUUCACACACCCACGAAUAGAGCUAUUGCAGUGUAUCAGAGUUUUAGUUCAGGUCGUUGUGUAGGUUAACCUUCCCUUUUCAUAAAGCCACUUGACUACAUCCCUCUCAAUACAGUAUAUCUUUAUCUAUUUCAAUGGAAAUCCUUUCAUUCUUGCUGUCACAUUACAGCUCUCAACCAGCCAAAUUACAUAAUUGCAUAAAUCUCCAUGUUUAUUUUCAACUUUACCAACGGUUCCCUCUCUCGUGCCACAGAAAAAUAACUAGCCGUGUAAUGGCCACAUGGUCUGUAACUGUCAGACACUGGGCUCUCUCUCUAUCAAAGGAUACAGCUGAGGCCAGUGUUGCUGUGCUCAGUUUGAACAAUCACAGACAUUCAUGUUAACUGAAUCAGUCAACGGUGGCGUUGGUCUAAACUCCUGUGCAGUGACCUGUUUCUGCUGUUCUCUCUCUCUCUCUCUCUCUCUCUCUCUCUCUCUCUCUCUCUGCUGCUUGUUUUGGAUUUUUUUAUUUAUUUGGGUCACGACAAGUUAAAAUGACACUGUUUCAAAAGCAUAUUAUGAUAUAAACAUGUGUAUCUAAAUCUCUAUAAGAGAUCAUAUGGGAUUAAUUGACUAUUUAUAUUUUCUUCAAAUAUCUAUUGUUGCUUCCCAGAUCUCAAAAGGUUAUUCAGUAAUCAUUACUAAUAGUGAACAUCUAAAUAUAAUGUCCGUAUUUCUCUGAACGAUUUUCUAAAUAUAAAAUACUUGCCUUAAUUUUAAAAUCCAAAAUGUUCCUCACUGCUGAAGAGGACUAGAUAUUGGAUAUUACAGAACCAACUUCCUAUCCAAAACUUUGCAUGAUUGAAUUAGGGUGUACAGAACGUCUCCCUUAAGACCAUGCAUGGCCAUGGAGUUAGGGAUUGAAUAGCACUCUCUGAUGGCCAUGAGUGGAAAUGUCAGAGUUUUGAGAAUGCUCCUUGUGUAACAGAAUAACUUUACGUCCCCUCGCCCAUACCCGGGCGCGAACCAGGGACCUUCUGCACACAUCAACAACAGUCACCCUCGAAACAUCUUUACCCAUCGCUCCACAAAAGCCGCAGCCCUUGCAGAGCAAGGGGAACUACUACUUCAAGGUCUCAGAGCAAGUGACGUAACCGAUUGAAACGCUAUUUAGCACGCACCGCUAACUAAGCUAGCCGUUUCACAUCCGUUACACUUGAACGACAUGGAGUGUACAAAAUAUUAAGAACACCUUCUCAGUUGGUCAGGGCAUGGAUUAAAUCAAAUAAAAUCAAAUCAAAUGUAUUUAUAUAGCCCUUCGUAUAUCAGCUGAUAUCUCAAAGUGCUGUACAGAAACCCAGCCUAAAACCCCAAACAGCAAGCAAUGCAGGUGUAGAAGCACGGUGGCUAGGAAAAACUCCCUAGAAAGGCCAAAACCUAGGAAGAAACCUAGAGAGGAACCAGGCUAUGUGGGGUGGCCAGUCCUCUUCUGGCUGUGCCGGGUGGAGAUUAUAACAGAACAUGGCCAAGAUGUUCAAAUGUUCAUAAAUGACCAGCAUGGUCGAAUAAUAAUAAGGCAGAACAGUUGAAACUGGAGCAGCAGCACGGUCAGGUGGACUGGGGAAAGCAAGGAGUCAUCAUGUCAGGUAGUCCUGGGGCACGGUCCUUGGGCUCAGGUCCUCCGAGAGAGAGAAAGAAAGAGAGAAUUAGAGAGAGCAUAUGUGGGGUGGCCAGUCCUCUUCUGGCUGUGCCGGGGGUAGAUUAUAACAGAACAUGGCUAAGAUGUUCAAAUGUUCAUAAAUGACCAGCAUGGUCGAAUAAUAAUAAGGCAGAACAGUUGAAACUGGUUACAGGGUGUCGAACGUGUUCCACAGGGAUCCUGGCCCAUGUUGACUCCAAUGCUUCCCACAAUUGUGUUGGCUGGAUGUCCUUUGAGUGGUGGACCAUUCUUGAUACACAUUGGAAACUGUUGAGUGUGAAAAACCCAUCACCGUUGCAGUUCUUGACACACUCAAACCGGUGCGCCUGGCACCUACAAUACCCCAUUUCAAAGGCACUUAAAUCUUUCGUAUUGCCCAUACACUCUCUGAAUGGCACACAUACACAAUCCACCUCAAUUGUCUCAAGGCUUAAACAUCCGUCUUUAACGUGUCUCCUCUCCUUCAUCUACACUGGUUGAAGUGGAUUUAACAGGUGACAACAAUAAUGGAUGAUAGCUUUCACCUGGAUUCACCUGGUCAGUCUGUCAUGGAAAGAGGACUGAGUGUUUUGUACAUUCAGUAUAGAGUACAUUACUGCUUUUUGCUAUAAUAAUACUCAUGUUUAAGAGAGGCCAAAGAAACUUAUUGUACAAUAUACAGUAUAUUAUAUACUAUUAACAAACUAUUUUAUUUAUUAAAUCUUUAGUAGGGGAGAGUCCCGUUGAGACCAAGUCUCUUUCUACAAGGGAGCCUUUCAUUACAAAGCAUAAAUGAAUAAGUCAACAUGUAACAUGUAGGUAAACGCACAAUGUGUUUGAAGUUUAAAAAUUCGUUUUCUAAGAACAAUUGUAUUUGGAGAAAAGGUUAGGUUUAUAGGUUUAUUUGGUAAAAAUAUGUCGAUGUAUCAAAGCUGCAGGCCUACAUUUGCCAAUAGGCGAACUGACAGGGCGGGGCUAUAGUUCACGUCCCUCCUCUGACGUUAUUUUGCGUGAUAUCGUGAUGGAUACACAGGUACACUGGAAACUGGUUUUCACUCGUUACCACAGCCACAAAGUCAAAACUGUCUUUAUCGUAAAGAUUCAUGAUUUUUCUGUUGAUUUUUUUUGGUUUUAGUUUUAGGUUAGGGUUAGGCAUAAGGUUAGCAGUGUGGUAAAGGUUAGGUUUAAAAUUACAUUUUAAAACCAUACAUUGAAGAAAUAGGCGGGGUUUGUGACUUUGUGACUGUGGUAAUUAAGGACGACCCUGCACACUGGACUUUACACUCAAAGUUGGGAAUGAGUGGGGUCAAUGGCGGUACCGCCAGUAAAAACAAUGGCAUUUAAAAAGGUCCCAGAUUUCUCUCUAAACGGAAAGUAAUGAAAGAGUAAACUAUGGAGACCUUCCUAAUGUUAUUAAACGAGUUGUUUCUCAUCAAGCUUCUUCUUAUGUUUCUCUCCAGCGGACAAGUGUUGGGAGCCUCAUUCUACGGGGAUGGAUAUGUCCAGCUGAGGACUGUGGAGUUGUCCAGCCGAACGUCGCUCCAUGUGCGCUUCCGCACUUCAAGUCACAGUGGACUACUUUUCAUGGCUGCCGGGGAGACAGACUUCCUCCUGCUAGAGCUGCACUCUGGUCGCCUGCAGGUUCAGUUGGAUUUGGGAUCAGGUGAGCGUACCCUCCGCUCUGAGAAGGGGGUUCAUCUGAACGACUUGGCCUGGCACUCUGUGGAGCUCCAACACGACCAGCACAACGUCACUCUGUCGGUGGACCGCUACUCUCACACCAGCGUCAGGAUCCCCGGGCCAGACCUGGACCUCAGUGUCCAUGAUGGGUUGUUUGUUGGUGGGACGGUUGGCCUGGACAAACCCUACCUCCAUAGUGACGAUGCCACAGGCUUCCGCGGCUGUGUUGACGAGGUGCUCUUCAACCAGCACAACUUGCUGUCCAGCCUGCGGCCCUACUCGGGAUAUAAGAGUGUCCAUGAGGUGUCUCUGGGCUGCAGUUCUCAGUUUUCUGCAGGCGAAGACGACCCCAUCAGCUUCUUCAGUUCCAGGGCGUACAUGUCCCUGCCCCCGUGGGACGUCCCUCAGGAGGGGGUGUUGGAGUGUGAGGUACAUACCUCCUCCGAAGAGGGGAUUGUCCUGUACAGCUCUGCCCACCAGAGUGACUUUAUUGCCAUGGAGAUCCAAGAGGGGACUUUGGUGGUUGUCGUUGGUAACGGUGGGACUAGGACGGAGCUGCACUCCCUCACGUACGUCAACAACCAGAAAUGGCACCGGGUGAAACUACACUUGCUUCCUCACAGCCUGCAGCUGACUGUAGGUGAGGAGAUAGUCAACCACAGCCUAGGGGCUCAUUCCAAGUCCUUGCAGCUCCGAGGCCCUCUCUACAUGGGUGGUGUGGAUGACAGAUCACGUUUAGAAGCCAGGAAGGCCGGCCUACUGUCUUUCAAUGGGAAGCGGCUGGCCGGUGGAGGAUCCUUCAAAGGCUGUCUGAGAGACAUCAGGGUCAAUGCGCAGAGUAUGGGGCUUCCCCACGCUGUAGUCACCAAAGACAUAUCUGUCGGCUGUGAAUUAGAGAAGCUUCCAGAAGCAAUCACCACCGUGAGCCCCACGGCUGUCCUCUCUGUCACUUUCCCACUAGUCCACCAUAAUGGAUCAGACAGGGACAGGAAGAGGCCGGGUCAGAACUUUCUGGUUCUGAAAGACUUAGUGGUUCCAGAAGGUGGAAGGGCUCUGUUAGAAUCUAAGCACAUCAAGGUGAACCUAGAGUUCCGGAAGCUUGGAAUCCGUCAGUCUCAGAUUAUGUUCCGUAUUGAAGAGCAGCCUGUGCAUGGCCAGCUGAGGCUUGAUGUGGAUCAUUCAGACCAAAACGAGGAUUGGACCUUCAGCAUGCUGGACCUUUGGCACGGUAGAGUGAUCUACGUCCAUGGAGGCUCAGAAGACCCUCAAGACUUCUUCAUGUUCUCUGUCUUUACCAACAGCAAGAAGGAGAUCCCUUUUUACCUCAAGGGAAACAAACUACACCGCUUCAACAUCAGCGUCACUCCCGUCAAUGACGCUCCCGAGCUCAGCCUCCCUGAGGGAAGUCUCUUCAUCCUCCUAGAGAACUCCAAACGCCACCUUAACACGGAUGUUCUCAGAGCCACCGACCUGGACAGCAACUCCACAGACCUAGUGUUCACCAUACUGGGGAACCAUAAUGCUGAAGCAGGCUUAUUGGAGAAGCAGGACCACCCAGGGACGGCCAUCACCACCUUCUCCCAACCCGACCUGGAGGAGGGGAAGGUCAGCUAUGUGCACACGGGAGGGCUGGUGAGGAACUCCCGGAUGGCUGUGAGGGUCAGUGAUGGGGACAAGGUGAGCAACACAGUAGUACUAAGGAUCAUGGCUGUCCAGCUUGAGCACAAGGUGGCCAACAACACAGGGGUGGAGGUGGACCAGGGUGGGGCUGCUGUCAUCAGCAGCCAACACCUAGCUAUGCAGGUAAACGUUGUAAAACAGGGCUUUGACAUUCGCUAUGACGUGGUGGAGGCACCUCGAUAUGGCGAGCUGCAGCGGCUGCACUCCAGCGGAGAGUGGAAGCCCACCUUUGUCUUCUCACAGAAGCUUCUGGAGAAAGAGCGCAUCAGGUACCUAGCUGUGUUGUUUGAUCUGUGUUUGUGUCCAAUUGUCCAUUGUUUUAACACCACGAGUUGA